AUGAAAGCAAUUGUUUACCAUGGUAAUAAGAAUCUUGAGUUCACGGAAUCGUACCCAGAGCCCGAUAUUAACCAUGGAACUGAAGUUAAAAUUAAGAUCGAUUACUGUGGAAUUUGUGGUACUGACUUGAAGGAAUAUUUGGAUGGGCCGAUUUUUUUUGAAGGUGAAACGAGUGAAAUAUCAAACCAUCGUAAAGUUCAGUGUAUGGGCCAUGAAAUAAGCGGUGAAAUAACAGAAAUAGGUUCAGAAGUCAGCAAAUUAAAGGUUGGAGAAAAGGUAGUAGUGGAACCGAAUGGAACAUGUCUUGAUAGGUAUAGAUUUCCAGAGACACCAAACUUUGACAAACCUAAGUGUUGUGCCUGCCAUGACGGUUAUAGUAAUGUUUGCGAUUACAUAGGUUUGAUCGGCUUGGGGUUUACUGAUGGUGGGUUUUCUGACUAUUGCGUUGUUGGACAAGACCAUGUUGUUCCAUAUCCAGAUGAUCUUAUACCAUCAGACGUUGCUGCAUUAACACAGCCAAUUGCAGUUGCCUGGCAUGCUGUCAGGACAUCCAAACUCAAGCCAGGUCAACUGGCUUUGGUUUUGGGCAGUGGCCCCAUUGGUCUAGCUAUAAUCAUUGCUCUCAAGGGACACCUGGCAGGUAAGAUUGUUGUUAGUGAACCUGCGUUGGAUAGAAGGUUAUUGGCCGAAAAGUUAGGUGUUGAAACAAUUAAUCCUAAAGAAUAUACUGCAGAAGAGAAUGUUGAAGCUUUGAGAGCAAUGACAGAUGAUGGAUUUGGGUUUCAUCAUAGUUAUGAUUGUUCAGGGCUACCAGUUACGUUCAAUGCGUCAGUUCAUUCGUUACGGACAUUUGGUACUGCUACAAAUGUUGCCGUUUGGCAACACAAGCCAAUUGACUUCUAUCCCAUGGAUGUCACAUACAAAGAAAAGACCGUUACUGGUUCUAUGUGUACUACUAUUCUUGAUUUUGAACAAGUUAUCGAAGCCUAUAAAAAGGGUCUAAUUGAUCCUCGUGAGGUUGAAACUUUUAUUACUAGUAAAGUUCAUUUAGAAGAUGGCAUCGAGAAAGGAUUUAGAGAGCUACUUUAUAACAAAGAUGAUCAUAUUAAAAUUUUAUUGUCACCAAAGGAGAGGUACAAGAAUACUGCUUGA